UUGAAGUUAAUUGUAGAAUCUAUUGGGGCUCAUAUAGGAAAUGACCGACGCACCAGAAAGACACAACUCUACACGAUGGGCCAAGGCUGCAGUUCCAUCGUAUGGAGAUGAAUGGGAUGAUGGCUAUGAAUUUGAUGAAGACGAGGAGGAAAAUCUAAACGUGCAUGAACCAUUAGGGUAUGAAGAACAAGAAACUAUACAAGAAGACCAUGUGGAAAAUGCUCCUGGAGGUAAGCAUCAAGUUGAAGGUGGGUACGAGGAAGUACAUGGUCAUGUAGACAAUCAGCUCAAGGUCACACAGAGUCCAGAUUUGGUUCUCUCUAUUGAUCGAUUUAAAGGUAGACAAGAUACGGACAGUUCAAGUGAAGAAGAGGAAGAAGAACAGGUACCUGAAACUGACCCAAUUCAUGAAGGAGAGACAUAUGAUGACGAGGAAGAUGCUGGGAAUGAUUCCUUUAUGGAUGUAUAUGCUACCAGUGAAGUUGAAGAGGAAAAGGAAAGAGACGUUGUGAAUCAAAAUGAAGAGGAUGUGAUCACAGUACCUCAAGUUGAAAAGCCAUUAGAAACUCAAUUCAAGAAUAGAACUGCAAAGAAUAUCCCCGCAAAAAUAUCCAUACCCGCAGAUGAUACAAGGUCUUUUGAUAUCGAGCCACCUACUCCAACAUUUGGUGGUAAUGAAUACCGGGUUCCAGAAACCCCCUAUUCAGACAUGAGUUUCACUUCUGAUGGUGACUCGAUUCAGAACGAACCAGCAAAUUUAAACUUGGUGGAUGUUAAGGAAAGGGAAAAUAGCUCACCAUCAGAACCGUUUUUGAGAGAUGUAGAGAAGGACGAGAGUCACGAUAAACACGACAUUAUUGAAAAACCAGAUCAGAAUGAAUUUGUGAAUCAUGACCCUAAAUCAACAGAGUCCGUGGAUACUACUCCAACUGCUGACAUCCAUACUUCCAAUGCCCCUACUGCAGCUCUAGAAACCAACAAAUCGAUCUCGGCAACUGAAAAUGAUGACCAAUCUUCUGCACCUGCACCUUUGGUUCUUUCAAUUGAUAAUAGAGACUUUGAUGACGAUUCUGAUGACGAUUGGGGGUAUAAUGGUCGUAACUCAGAUGAUUCUGACGAUGAAAUGGACAACGAGAAAGAUAUUGAAGAUGAUCAUUACGCUAAUAACCUGACUUCCGCGUUGGAUACUAUGAUUAAUGAUUUACAAGGAGCAUUUGUUGAUGACGCAGGCCCUGAAGAGAUUUCGGAUAAACCUGUUCAUCAGAAAAUUAAUGAUAAAGAUCUUCAAUUGGAUACCUCUUCUUCGAAAUAUUCUUCUGUGAACCCAACCCCAGUAUCUCCAUUAGACUUUGGGUUACCAUCACCAACUAUGCAAAGAGACCAUGAGAGUUAUAUGAGCGGCAUGAGCAGUCGGAAACCAUCGGUGAGAAAACCUCCAACAAAUGAUAACUUUGCUAGUAACGUCAGAGGUAGUAAGGAGACAUUACCUCUUCGAAGUAAAGAAUCUCUUAUUAAACCAAAACUUGAACUAUUCCCAGUUGAUUCAACUGCAUCUUCCUCGUCUUUAGGAGGGUACCCGCAUGAUACAAACUCAGAGAAGCAGCUUCCACUUGCCUUGCCUCCAACUCCAAAAGAUACUCAUCUGUUUCAACCGCCACUGGCAUUUUCCGCGGGUAGUGACGAUGCUGCAUCGAGAAGAAUCUCUACUAUGACCACCAAUACAUUCAGCAUGGGUAAUUGGCAACCCAAUACAAAUUCCUUUCGGGACCAGUUUAUUAAUGAUAAUGACAAUGAAUCCACCAUAGGAGACAAUCCCGAUCGAAAUGAAACUGGGAGAUCAUCUGAAGACGAUAGAAACUCAUUUGAUCUGUCGCUAUCCAUCCCAGACACAGUGGAUGCUGCAAUGCCUAGUAUUAGUGAAGAUCCAGAUGACACUACCGAAUAUGAGCAUAGCCAUAUAUUAGCUGGUACCUCCACCAAUGAAUCCACUCCGAAGCCGUUACCAAAGGCUGGCUCAAACACUGGAGGCGACAGACAAUACUCUUCUAUGCUUGACGUUUUGGAAAAUACUUCUAGUACACCUCCACAAUCAAGAAAAGUUUCAGUAGCAUCAGUAUCAACACAGAUUGCAGAUACUAGUAAAGAUGAACAUCCAUCACCUUCAUCUCUUGAUAAUCACAGUAAAGAGAGAAAGGCAAGUGGUGGAUCUAUUGGACCAACAACGUCCAGCUUGUCGAAACCCCCACAGUUGGCCGUUGGUGGGGCUUACCCACCUUAUAGCUGGGCCAAAAUUAUGGGCACAUCACAGGGACAAGAUCGUAUUCGAAUGUUGAGAGACGCAAAAGAAAUGGAAUCCAACUAUGACACAGGAUUGCAAAACUGGCUUGAACAAACUCUCAAACAGUCUGAAAAUGCUCCUACAAUUCACAUUGGAAAAAUUGCCUCUGCCGUUUACCAAAAUGCUCCACAUAGUGAUAUCAGAAGACAUAAUACUUUAUUGAGUAAGGUUUCAAUUGUCAAGGAUAAGGUGGAGACUUCAGGAACCUCUAUAGGUAAGAGAUUGUUCGGUCGCGGAAAGAAGAAAUAGUGUAUAUUUAGGAUAUAUAAAUGAAUUUUUUACAAACCUGCUAACUUGGAAUA